UCCCCUAAGCUUAGCUGUUUUGUAACCCUGUCACAGUAAUGAUGCUAGGGAAGAGACCUCCUCCUCCUCAAGUCAAGAGAACCACCAGCAUGUCAGACAUAACCUUCGAUCUCAACAACCCCGCCGUGGGAGCAGAUGGCCCAGGCCCAAGCCCAGGCCCAUGGUCGCAACACCCUCCUGAUGGUUUAGACCAGAGCAGGGUUUGGGCCACGGUUUCACCUAGAAAGCAGAGAGAUUUGGCGCACACACACCCGCCUGACUUCUUGCGGGCUUGCUUUCUCUGCAAAGGGCGUUUGGUAGCGGGCCGUGACAUCUACAUGUACAGAGGUGAUAGUGCUUUCUGUAGCUCAGAAUGCCGUGAGAAGCAGAUGAAGCAGGACGAGAGAAAGGAAAAGUGUGGUGUGGGUGUGCCAUCCAAACCCCAAACCCUACUUGCCUUGUAGUCCUUCCAAUUCAAACGUCUAUGCCCUAUGCGGCUAUGCCCAUGCCCAUGCCCUUUCUUACCUUAUUAUAUAUACAUAUAUAUGUUCAUAUACCUAGCUUAAGCUCGUGGAUUUUUUCUUCUUCUUUUGCUCCACCUCUGUAAUUUUCGUUAUGCCGCUUUUUGGAGAGGGCUGUUUUGCUUAAGGCAACAUGGGCCAGUAUUUUUCAGCCACGCUAGCUGUAGUCGUUUCCAUGCUAUUUUCAAAAAACAAUGUAAAUCAUAAUCUUGGUUUCUUUCUGGCUAGUAACGAGGAAAAAAACCGCAUUCACGUCUUAGGUAUACUUUACUUUCACACCGUUGUGUCUCAAUGGUGGACUAGCUCACUAGCUGGUUCAUUGUUCGUAAACUCCAUGUGUUUGACGGGUAAAUUAGAUACUUUUUCUUCUGCCUCUGUAA